AUGCGUCUUCUGAAGCGCUUACUGGGCGGCGACUUCGAGCUGAUCUCUUUCAAAGAUGACGACCUUCCCCCGUAUGCCAUCCUAUCGCACACCUGGACCGAGGGUCAAGAAGUCACGUACAAUGAGCUGGUAGCCGGCACAGGCAAGGACAAGACUGGCUACGCCAAAAUCCGCUUCUGCGGCAGACGAGCUGCAGCGCAUGGCCUCCAAUAUUUCUGGGUCGAUACCUGCUGCAUUGACAAGUCUACCAGCGAUGAGCUUAAUGUCUCUGUGCCGGAGGAGGUCUCCAACGCCGAGGCCUUCCAGAUAACGUGGGCGGAAGCCUUUCGACGGAGCCGAUGGUUCACGCGAGGCUGGACGUUGCAAGAGCUCUUAGCGCCUACUAGCGUUGAGUUCUUCUCUAAAGAGGGCAAGCGGCUAGGCAGUAGGAUAUCGUUGGAGCAGGAAAUCCAUCAAAUUACCAGGAUUCCUGUCGGAGUGUUGAGAGGGCAGAGUCUCGCCGCGCUUAGUGUUGAGGAGCGAAUGAGCUGGGCAGCCAAACGCACAACAACGUUGAAAGAGGACAAAGUAUAUUGUCUACUGGGAAUCUUUGGGGUAUUCUUAUCACUUAUCUAUGGAGAAGGAGAAGCAUACGCAACUCUACGGCUAAGAGAGGAGAUACAGAAGCGGCAGGAAGGGCGGAGAACUGAAAGCCUGCAUGACUUGUCUGUCUCCUUGUUAUUGCCUUUUCCAAGAAACGAACUCUUCAUCGGACGAAAAGACCAGCUUCAAUCUCUCGAACAAUGCCUCCUUUCGCCUAACACCCACCGACGCAUAACAAUAUGUGGACUGGGAGGUUGCGGGAAAUCAGCACUUGCCCUUGAACGUCUGGUUUUCUGGGUGCCUGCUAUUAGCCAAGAGAGCUUCGAGCUUGCCUAUCGGGAGAUCGGAAUCCGCCUCCAUAUACCAGGGAUUACCGAUGAUAAGGCAGAUAUAAGGAAGCUUCUAAUGAUUGUUGAUAAUGCCGAUGACCCUGGAGUCCUAUUAGGUACCACUUCUAGCGAUCCGAUGUUAGGCCGAUUGAGCGACUGUCUCCCACACAGUAAUAGAGGCACAAUCCUUUUCACUGCUCGGAGCAAGAAGGCGGCCGGAGAUCUAACGCAGAGUAGUAUCUUAGAGCUGAAUGAUAUGAGUAAAGCUGAGACUAGGCAGCUGCUAGCGCGACGAAUAACGAAGCAAGCGUUGCUUGAUGACGAGAUGGCUGUUGACGAACUGCUAGAGAUACUUACAUAUCUACCGCUUGCUAUUGUGCAGGCAGCCGCGUUCAUUAACAAUAACAAUAUAUCAGUAUCCGAGUACAUAUCAUUGUUCCGACAUACUGGUAUAGAGACCGAGCUCUUCAGCGAGCAUUUUGAAGACCCCAGCAGAUACCGAGAGAUGGACAGCACAAUUGCAAAGACGUGGCAUAUCUCCUUUGAUCAGAUAUGUAAGCAAGACCGGCUUGCUGCAGAGUACCUUUCGUUCAUGGCGUGCAUCGAUCGCAUCAACAUUCCCCAGUCGCUCUUACCUCCUGGAGGCUCCUUGGUGCAGCAAGUUAAAGCGCUUGGGACCCUGACAGGAUAUGCGUUCAUUAUGGAGCGCCGGCAGACGGUACAAGAGCCGGACAGAGAGAGGUUCUUCGAUAUGCACCGAUUGGUCCACAUGGCGUCUGUCUGGUGGCUGGACGGACAUGGUGAGCGGGCGACUUGGGCGGGCACAGCAGUGGCACGGCUUGAGGAGCUAGUGCCGCCCGGCGGGCAUGAGAGGAAGGAAAUAUGGACGACAUACCUCUCGCACGCAAUCUACGCGGCUAGACCUAACGGCACAGUGGACGAAACAGCAAGGGCUUCGCUUCUAGACCGGGUGGGACGAUGUCAAACGAGCCUCGGGCAAUAUUCAGCAGCAGAAACAACGCACCGAGAAGUAUUAUUAUUGAGAGAAAAGAGUUUAGGAGAGGAGCACUACCAGACACUUGCAAGUAUGAAUGAAGUUGGAAUAACACUUAUCUACCGGGGAAGGUACGAGGCGGCGGAAUCGAUGAACAGGCAGACGCUGGCGCGGAGUGAGAAGUACGAGGAGGCGGAAUCGAUGAACAGGCAGACGCUGGCGCGGAGUGAGAAGGUGCUUGGGCCUGAGCAUCCACACACGCUGACAAGCGUAUACUGCCUCGCUCACCUCCUUGCAAAUCGGCAUCGCUACGGCGAGUCUCGUGUUCUGUACAAAAGAGCGUGCGCUGCUUACCGCACUGUCCUGGGGAACGAUCAUCCGACUACCCGCGCGUGUCGCCAACAUUAUUCCAGCAUGCUUGCGUCGCAAGAGUAG